UGAGCGGUGACAAGCAGGAGGACCAGUCGUUAAAAUUUAGAGGACCAAUCCUCAGCGCUCGACAUGGAGAUGACCAUUAAACUUAUCUUCCCAAUCGUGGUGAUCUCCGUGCUGCUCGCAUGCAGUCCGACGGAAGCUUGGUACAAGCAAGUAGCCGGUCCAAGCUACUACUCAGUGGGCAGGGCGUCCGGCUUGCUGUCCGGUAUUCGGAGAUCACCGUACGUCAGGAGAGCCGAGCUGGACUCGUCAGACAGCGGAGAGACCGCGACCAACAACGUGUUUUCUGAAUUAACCCCGCACAAUUUCAUCCUGAAGACGAUGCCUGUUUGUAUUAAAGACAUUACACCAAACCUGCAGAGCUGUGAACUCUUACAGGAAACCAAGGGAUCAUUCAAGUGCAAAGCAGAUGUCUUCCUCUCUCUGGACUCCUCAGACUGUGCAGGGGACUGAGCAGUAAAGCCGACAGCUGAGCUGGAUGAUGAAGCCUGCUUCUUGAAGGCAUUACAUUUAAAAACUGUACAUUGUCCUAACUUUAAGUUUAAGGCUAGUGUCGAACUAGAUGGAAGAUAUGCUACUUUUCAUGUACCAUUUCACCAAUUUAUUGAUUUUAUGGUUAAACUGUCGGAAAUCUAAGCUGUAAAAGUAAUGUAUUAAUGUAUAUAUAUUUGAUCUGAGUUUUCAUUAAUAAAUGGA